AGUAACUUUUUACUAACUUGGGAAACUUAUGCCAGUGUUUGAGGCGAGAGGGAUUCUCUUUCCUCCUGAAGACGAUGGUGAUUCCGUUUUUACUUUGUGAGCCGAGGAGGUGCGGAGCCGGUACUGGGGGGUGACGCGAGACCAGGCCACCGUGUGGGACACCAUGGACGAGUGUUUCUACAAUCGCUCCGUCUGGUUUUUCUACAAUAGCACGGGUAAGGAGCUGAGUCCAAUCUGGCGAACCAAGGACAAGCUGGUGGUGUCCCUGGGCCUGCUGGUCUGUGUCAUCAUCAUCCUGGCCAACCUGCUGGUCAUCAUGGCCAUAGCCAUCAACCGCCGCUUCCACUUCCCCAUCUUCUACCUGUUGGCCAACCUUGCGGCUGCUGACCUCUUCUCUGGCGUGGCCUACAUGUUCCUCAUGUUCCACACAGGCCCACGCACCAUUCAGCUCAGCGUGCGCACGUGGUUCUUCCGACAGAGCCUGCUGGAUAUCAGCCUGACCGCUUCGGUCGCCAACCUCCUGGCCAUCGCAGUGGAGCGCCACCAGACCAUCUUCCAGUUCCAGCUACACAGCAAGAUGAGUAACCAACGCGUGACCAUUCUCAUUGGCUGCAUUUGGUGCACAGCCAUUCUCAUUGGCUUCAUCCCACACCUUGGCUGGAAUUGUAUCUGCCACCUGUCUACCUGCUCGCGGAUGGCUCCGCUCUACAGCCAAAGCUACCUAAUCUUCUGGGCAGUGUCCAACCUGGUCAUCUUUGGUGCCAUGAUGCUGAACUACCUUCACAUUUACUACUAUGUCAGGCAGAAAACCCAACGCAUGUCCCGCCACACAUCGUUCCAGCAACGUCAUAAAGACACCAUGAUGAACCUCAUGAAGACUGUCGUCAUGGUCCUGAGUGCGUUUGUGAUCUGUUGGACCCCAGGCUUGGUGGUGUUACUCCUGGACGGGGUGGAUUGCCGAAGCUGUGACAUCCUGAAGGUGGAGAAGUACUUCCUGUUGCUGGCCGAGCUGAACUCCCUGAUCAACCCCCUGAUCUAUUCGUACCGUGACGAGGAGAUGCUGCACACGUUCCGGAGGAUUCUCUGCUGGCCGUGUAACCGCGGCGGUACCUUCCAGGAUCCCAUCAAAUCGCACAUUCUCAUGCAGCAGAUGCUGACCUCCAGCCAACGAGCUUCCAGCUCUCGGGAACACUCCACCUUGUAAACACAGUGCCUGAACAAACCCACCCCCAACUCCCCCCAGACCGGCCUCCCUAGGUAUACACCCCCAGCCCCAGCCCAAAUACCCCUGAAUAUACCCCCACACCAUCUCCCAUGGCUUCUGUGUCUGGUUACACAGAAAGAUCCCAGGUGAGGUGAAACCUUUGCAAAGGUCGACUUUUUGCUCUGACGAUGCAAUCCCCACCCUGACCCCCACAGUGUGGUGAGGGGGUAAUUGGGUGGGUGGGGUGGGGGUGCAGGGAGGUGCCAAGUUGGUGUCCUCUCUCCCGGAGGCUCAGGGAGUUUCUGGUGUGGGCCCUUUGUCCAGAGCGACUGGCUGAUUGAGAAGGGGUCUGGAGGGGUGGGGUUUACACUGCAGGGUACGAGAGGCCCUUCCUGGCAUUUACUAGCCCCCACCCCGCUUUGCAUCAUAUCUGCUCCUGCUCCCUCUGGUCAAGUAGGAAAUACCCCAGCAAUCAGCUCCUGGGAGGGAUAGAGUUGGGGGGUGGGGGAGGUCCCUCGGAUAUUUCCCAUCGGAAUUCUGGGCUCAAGCGGCAGUACCAAUGUCUGUGAUACUCCUGCACCUUGAGGGUACGGAGCUUCAGGAGGAAAGCCUUGAUGGGAUUGUAUUCAAUUCCUUGUUUCUGGAGCCACGGGAUAAGGGGGAAUAUGGUGUACCUUCUUCCAGUCUUUUGUUGUUGUUUGUUUUUUUUUCUGUUUUAAAGAAGAAAUAUACCCGCUUGUAAGAGCAGCGUUCCGAUAAUGGGUGGCUGCAAGAUUUGACAUUUCGUUCCCGGUCUUUUCCGUGGAACCGCACGGGGAAACACCCAUGGAACAUUGGCUGGGUUUUUGAGACCGGGACUGAGUUUGCACACAGCAGAAAGACCGUGUCUUCGUUGAUUUUUUGUUUUGUAAAUGCAUUAACCACAUUUCAUAAUGUGUUGCCUACUCCCGCUCAGGGUGCUGUAAGACACUGGCGAGGGGUUCGGGGCUGAGCCGGGAGAGUGUUGGGGGGUGGGGGAAGGAGUUUGGGAUUUGUGACUGCCUACAUUUCGGGCUGCCUGGGCUGUGGUUGGCCUAGGGUCACCACUGGGAAGUGAUGGGGACCUCCUGUGGGCCACCCGAGGCUGACCGCGCACCCCCUCCACCUCCCAAAUUGUCCUGAGGGGAGGGAUGGGUCUCACUGGAAUAUUUUACUUUCAACAGUCUCCUUCAUGCCCCCAAGCUGGGGUUUGGGGAAUGGGAACCAUCUGUACCCUUGCUGUGAGCCUUCCAAUAGCUGGUAGGCCCCACGUGUUGUGUGCUGUUGGUUGGGAGCGUCUGGUUUCUGGAGUGUAUCAUGGUUAUAUUGGGGCCUCCCCUGGAUGAAUAGCUUCCUGAUACCUGGCCCCGUGUAAGCUCAGGAUGGGCCUGUCUGACUGGGAAUGUGGUAUACGCACGCACGCGCUCUCUCGUGCUGUCCCAUGUACUACAUAAGUGUCUUGUUUCUUAUUCAGUCUUCCUCACUCACUCCCACACUUGUGCUCUCUCAUGCAUUCGGCCUCAUGUACUGUUGCUCCUUCUGCACUCCCCCACUCUCUGUCUGCGUUCUUCUGUUUUUUUUCUUGUCCUCUCCCUCUCUCUCGCUGCACUGUGUGUGCAUGCACACACAUGUCUGUGUGCCCUGCCUGAUUUGCGAGGCUCCCAGCCAUUCUGAGGGUGAGGAACAGCCUCUUCCCCUCCUCGUGGUGGCUGACCCCUUGUUGGGGGGUGGGGUGGGUGCACCGCAGGGCCGGGGCCUGUAUCUCCUAGAAUCGGGAUGUUCUUUGUCUCGCUUUCACCCAGGACAGGCCUCAGGGUAUGGCCUGGUUCCUGCCAGAGGCUCGGGCUUGGGUCUCCCUUCUAUUUGGGGUUCCUAUCUCCUACUCGCUCUCUGUCUGUCUCCCACUGCCUCACUUUUUUUCUCUCUCUCUCUUUAACUCCCACACCCCUUCCUUUUGGUGUGCGCGUGUGAGUGUGUCUCUGUCUGUGUCCCUCCCCCUCUCCCCCCCACCCCCCGUCACUUGCUCUCUCCUGCUGUCGCUCUCUCUCUCUCUCUCUCUCUCUCGCGCUCUCUCCCCCUCUUCCCCCCCGCACCCUGUUCCCCACAGUGUGUACCCAGAGCUGACAGUGCCUGCUCAGUGAACAGUGUUGUAUUCUCAGACCUUCUGUACUGAGUUGUAUAGUUUCUUCUGUAAAGUUGGACUUUUAAUUAUUGACUGUCUUUUUAUGAAAGAAUUAAAAAUGACAAAAAUUUCUAUUAAACACA